CACGUGACUUCAGGUCAUAUGAUUAUUUCUGUUCAGGAAAACACUAUCUAGAAAUCUCUCGGGGGGCCCACAAUGGUCUGGCUGACAUGCAACUGCUUGAACCUGAAGAUUCAUGUCAAGAACUCUAGCACAGAGUUGACCCCAAUUGAUGUAGCAACAGUGGGAGUGAGUACUGGAGAAUAUACCGUUGAUGAUUUCUUUACCAAUGCCAUCUGCCAUGUCCACCUUGACCUCGAGGGAGUAACCAAGGAACACGAUUGUCUUCUCAGGGAGAAGUCAAUCGGCAACUGGACAGUAUCAAAAUGUCUCAACUGCCACAUGAAAACCCAUGCUAUUCAUCAUCACCGGGAUGACAACACUGUGCUAGUCAAUGCCAAAUUACAUAAUGAAACAAGUGUGCUAAAGAGUUUCAGGACGUCUCCCGAAUAUUCUCCACUCUACUGUAUACUCAUUCCUGGCAGGAAUGAUAACCAACCAACGCAGAGUUAUGGUCCCAGAUUGGGUCGGUUUGAAGCGAUGCAGCAGGAGAGCUUGAUCCAGAUCCAGCAACGGCUUAACACAUAUCUCAUGGCAGAAGAGGCAGCUAUGGAAGAAAGAAUAAGACUUUAUGAAGAGCAACAGAGAGCAGCAUUUAGUGAACUUCAGAGUAAGGCAAGAUGGGACAAAACCAAACUUAUCAGUGUGGCGUUGUCAGUCGAUGAUCAGGAGGGGGUAGUCGGCACAUCAUCUGAGGCCAUGACAGAGAGUCCCCUCAGCCCCUUUAGUCCUGGCUCCCAAGAAAUCAGCUCAUCAUCUGCAUCAUCGAGCAGCGACAAAAAAAACUCUAAUUUAUUACAAGGAAAACCUGAACAGAAACCAACAGUACUAAAUCUGACCCGACGACCUGCCCCACAGGCAGCACCAGUCAUCAAAUCUCCUGAGGCAGAUGGUAUGUUUGAUAUGGAAGGGUUUGACGAUGUCCUCCAGGAGCAGGAUGCUGGAUCAUUUUAUGAAUCAGAUGAAGAAGAUAAUGACACAGAUGAUAGCAGCUAUAGUAGCGAUGCAUCUAUGAGGGAGUCUUUAAGGAAUAGUGGGCACCAUAGAGGUAACCUGUACUCCCAGUCCGUGCCCAUGAAUGUGCCCAUGUGGCAGUCACAAAGGUAUCAACAGUCGGAUUCACCUGAUGAACGGGGGAGGGCUGACGACAUUGGUGCAAGCAUCAAAGCUCUGGCCAUGAGUGUACGCGUGGAUGGAACAGAAAUCUUUGGCGAUUUACCACGAGGCAGUAACAAGCAGUUUAAAACGGUAGAGAUCAUGAAACGUCGUGAGAAAUGUCGCUACGACGAUGAGAGUACAACUUGAUCAUGUGAUAAACGUGACAUGACAUGCAGAGGUUUCGCAUUGUGCUGUACAAUUAUGCAUUUUAUUGAGUGUCCAAUGCUUCCGUUUUCUCCACGCUUGUGCUGGCUAUAUGGAGAAUAACUGUCUCUCGAGACAGUGCCAAAGUAGUUUUGAAUGUGACCAAUUUUCCUUCAUCAAUCUGUUUAAUAGAUGCAGUUGAGAAUUUGAUUAUAGUCCAUUCGUGAAUCUGAUGUUCAAGUCAUUUGUGGCUCUGGAGCACAAACUACUGGUACGAUUUCUUUGAAGUUUGUUUUUUCUUGAUAAUAAUGACCGAGUAUGUCACAUGCAUGUUUUCUACAGAAUAUGAGAAUUUGGGUCUUAAGAAAACCCUGUGAAAUUGUUAAGAUAUUUUUUUUACAUUUUAUAAAGCUGACACACGGUGAUUGGGCUGAAAUUGUGGGGUGCCUGAUGAAUCCAAAUCCCAUUUAUAGAAUUGUCAUUUUGACGGAGAAGUCAGUGUAGAUCUUUUUCAAUGAUUGUUGUUUUCAUCCUUGUCUUGGUGUGACGUGUUUCAGCUUCCUUUAGCCUAACCUGGGCCUGGAAGCUGUGGUCGUAUUGCUAUUGAGGCUCAAAAUAUGCUGUAACUGAGAGUCGGAUAAAAUCAUUGACCAAAGUUAGAAUCAGGUAUAAGGCAAGUCAUCUUCUUCAUGGUUCAAAGCGGUGGACUAAUUCAGCAUCUUGUGUAUUCGGGAGGCUCUGCCAGUAUCGGAAUGUUUUCUCCUACUUAAACUUUCCAUUGCUAAACUAGUCAGAUCAGAUUCAAUUAUAGCUGGUGAGCAUUGUAUUCUGUACCUCUGUGAGGUUUUAAGGCAGCUGACCCAUUUCUUUUAGAAAGUAAAGAUAAUCAUAUUGCAGUAAUACCACAUGUGUUACAUGUGGUAUUGCUCUUUUAGACUUCUACCAUUUUCUCUCUGUAGACUUGUGUGUCUGUAUAGAUCAUUGCAAGUAGAUGUGAUACUUUUUUUGAAAGACAAAAAUGUGUGUGAAACUUAACUUAUGCCAACUGUUUUGACUUAUAAAUGUAUGUACUAGUAUCUUGCAGUCAAGGUUAGAUUUUUUUGCUGAAAUAUGUCUAGCUAUUUUGCCUAAAAGCUCAUAGAGAAGUGGCUAAGCAUUUCAUAUGGUCGGUUUUGAAGAUAAAAAUGCUGAGGGGAUUAGUAACAUGUAAGACCACUGUAUGUAGCUAUGACACGUCCUUGGAAGUCCUUCAAUGACUACAUCCUCAGAAAUUCAUCGAUGACUAUGCUUUAGUGCUGUGUAAUGUAAUCUUAUCAUGUUAAAAAUUGUUCCUUUUUGCUAAAAUUGUUCUUUCAAAAUAAAGUUGACCAAAACUAUGGUAA